CUAUUUAUCCUAUCAUCUUCUUUGGUUUCCUCCUACCUCGUCUCUACUCCUUUACGCUUUCCUUCUCUCUUAACCCUAAUCUCAUCGCUUCCGAUCCUAUCCACCGCCGUUUCAGAUCUCUAUCGCCGCCGAUCAGCAGGACCGAUGUCUUUUACACGUCACUUCCGCUCAGAAGGGGGCACUACUCGCGAUGAGUAUUGGCCGUCAUUCAGUAGAAACAACUCCAAAAGCUUCAAUAGCAAUGCCAGACACACCAACAAGACCAACUACAAUAACAAUUGGAACAUGAGCAGGAACAAUAACUUUGUUAGGAAUCAUUACGAUUUUCAGUAUUACAUGGGAAAUUAUAGGGAGCAUGCCGAUAAUUCUAAUCAUUUUAAGCCUGACGGUGCACCAUCCUAUAAAAGGAGAAAAUUUUCAGCUUCUACUUGGGGUGAUGGUGGGAGACAUUAUCUGCCACCAAACACGUAUGAUUUCGCUCCUUCAACCUGCAAUAAUUAUGUCCCUCCUACAAGAUCCAACGGCAUUGCCUCUGCAUCUACCACCUGUAAACGUGACCGCUCAAAAUUAGAAGAGGAUGAAGUUGCCUUUAUGUCAAGGGAUGAGAUUGAGAGAUACUCCCCAUCUAGGAAAGAUGGUAUAGAUGCAGCACGUGAGGCACAUUUGCGAUACUCAUAUUGUUCGUACCUUCAGGAUCUUGGUUUGCGGCUGGACUUGCCACAGACCACGAUUGCUACUGCAAUGGUUCUCUGCCACCGUUUUUUUGCUCGGCGAUCACAUGCUUGCCAUGACAGAUUUUUGAUUGCCACUGCUGUUCUCUUUCUUGCUGCAAAGUCUGAGGAGACACCUCGCCCUUUGAAUAACGUAGUGAGGGCAUCUUGUGAGAUUUUCCAUAAGCAGGAUAUCAGUCUCUUGUCCUAUAUACUCCCUGUUGACUGGUUUGAGCAGUAUCGGGAACGGGUGACUGAGGCUGAGCAUAUGAUACUGGCUACUCUAAAUUUUGAACUGAAUGUGCAGCAUCCAUAUGCUCCUCUUACCUCGAUACUUGAUAAAUUAGGGCUCUCACAAACUGUUUUGGUGAAUCUGGCCUUAAGCUUGGUCAGUGAAGGGCUUCGGAGUUCAUUGUGGCUUCAGUUCAAACCGCAUCAUAUUGCUGCUGGAGCUGCCUACCUUGCCGCGAAGUUUCUAAAUUUGGAUCUGAAACCUUAUCAAAAUAUUUGGCAAGAGUUCCAGGCUACACCAGAUGUCCUUCAAGAUGUGUCCCAGCAGUUGAUGGAACUCUUCUAAAUGGAUCAAAACAUGGUUGUGGUCGCAUUAGGCUUUAGCUUAAGGGUGUACUAGUUUUUUGUGGAUAGAGUUGAGACGUGUGUGUCAUGAUGAGGUGGGGAAGAUAUAGACUUGAAAGGGUCAUGGUGUUGAGGAGGGAGAAGAAAUGAUCAAGAUAGUCUCCAUCUUGUCUCACAACUGCCUCUUUAAUACAGAUAAGGUCUUGUAACUUUGUAAGUACUUCUGGAGGAAUGUUCUCUUGGGAAUGAUAAAUUCAUAUAAUGAUAAAAUUCGCAACAAAGUUUUAUUUUUUUCA